UGUCUGACCAGUCCAGUUUAUUUCAAACAGGCUUUAGAUAAAAACACACAAUCAGCCCAGAGAAAUAUAACACAUCCUUAUUAUUAAAACAAACAACAAUAUUUGGGAAUGUAAUACCAGGAUGUGAAUGCAUGAGAGGGGGCGGUCCUUUCAGUCAGUCUACACUAAAUAAAUUUGAAUAAUUGCUCAUGGGUGAGAUCACUUCCUGCUUCUCCCUCUCUUGAUAUCCCGUCAAACGUGUUCAUCAUCAUUCUGGUUGAGGAAAGUCCCGCCUGUCCCCGCUCAGGUGUAUUUAAACCUCAGCCGACUGGUGCUCGUCACAGCAUCCAGAGCUACAGCAGACUUCAGAUCGUCAACAUGCAGAGGUUAACCUUUAAACGAGAGAACCAGGAGCUGAUACAGGCAGUGGAGAGCUCUUUUGGAGCUUCAGGGAAACCUUUAUCCAAACCUGGACGGGUUCUGAUGGGAGAGGGACGCCUGUUGAAGCAGGGGCGUCGUAAGCCUCAGCCUAAAGCCUUCUUCCUCUUCAACGACGUGCUGGUGUACGGCAGCAUCAUCCUGAACGGACGCUGGCACAAGAAUCAGAAGAUCCUGCCUUUAGAGGACAUCAUGCUGGAGGACGUGGAGGACGGUUUAUUGAUGACUAACCAAUGGCUGAUCCGCACACCGAGCAAGUCCUUCUUCGUGUCUGCCUUUUCCUACGAGGAGAAGCAGGCCUGGAUGGACCACAUCCAAAACUGCCGGUCCAGCCUCCUGCGUGAAGGCGGCGUUCAGCCCAGCCCGGUCUUCGCCAGCUCCUGGAUCCCAGACCAAGCCGCCUUCAAAUGCAUGCGCUGCUUACACACCUUCACCAAGACCAGACGACGACACCACUGCAGACAAUGCGGCUUCGUGGUCUGCAACUCCUGCUCCAACCACCGAUCGGUGAUCACUAACAUCCACCCCACCAAGAAACUGAGGGUCUGUCGUCUCUGCCACAUCACCAGGGAGGAGGAGGAGAAACCUCGCUCCAGGUGGGGCAGCAAUGGAAAGACCAGCGAAGAGGAGGUCAGCGAUCCAGAGGAGGUCAGCGAUCCAGAGGAGCGAGAGCAGGAGGCGGAGCCCUACAUUAAGAUGGGCAUGCUGAAACGCAGGGCGAAGACAUCGGGGGGGAUGAGCAUCUACAACUACCCACGACCAAUACAUACGCUGUCCUGAUGAAGAGAACCACAGAGAGACUUUAAAAACAACUUCCAUCUUCAUCAUCAUCAUCAUCAUCAUCACGUGUUCAUAUGAACCAGGACGUCUCACAGAAGGAGGACAGCUCUAAAUAACACACAGCUGUAACUGUGGAGAACAGCAGAGCACAUCAUGAACAUCAUACAUGCUGUAUUUUAUUUAUCAUCAUGCUCUGGGUUUGAGGAAGAACACUCACUAUGAAAUCACCACAAAGAACAAUUAUGUUGUAAAUAUGUUGUUAGUAUUAUUUAAGGCCACAGGCUGCUGGGACUCUUAUUUAUCCAGGCCUUGUUGUUGUUGUUGUUGUUGUUUAUUAUCAAUGUCAGUGUUUACAUGUGAAAGCGUGUUUGCACUCUACGCCUGCUUUUUGUAUUGAAACGAUCUUUGAACAAUAAAAAACGUUUGAACAUGUUUAA